AUGAGCCGAGUCGAACAGGAUCCGCGGGUCGAACGGACACGGGAGGAGAGUGACGAAGAGGAGGCGGGGAUCGAGGAGGCUGAGCAGGAGGACGGCGACGAGCCGGUGUACGACGACGAGCAGGGAUACGGCGACGAGCGGGAGCUCGGCGACGCGCAAGAGCACAGUGACGAGCGAGAUCACGGCGAUGAGCGGGAGCACGGCGGCGAGCGGGAGCUCGGCGACGAGCAGGAGGACGACGACUCGUCGGAUGACAACUUUCACUACUAA